AACAGACGGUUAUGAUCGUUAUGGAUUUAGAAGCUCAGGUUUAGAUGCUCAGAGGUGUAACUAUUUCUACAAGGGACCUUUUGCCACUUUACAGUCACGAAAGAUUUGGAAUGUGCUAUUGGUGCAGUCGAAAACAUUCCUGAUGAGCUUGGCAAGGACCUGCCCGGGUCUCAAACCUCUACCGUUCAACUGGUUACAACAGUACUGGAUCACUGAUAUUAAAGAUGUGACAGAUAUGGUUAAGGUAGAAGAAUCGGACAGCCAGGUAAAAAAUUCAGCCAGGUUUUGUUUUGACAUUGAUGACUUUGUGAACCCGUGCAGAUGUGACUCUGAUAUUGCAACAUGUGACAACAACCCAUGUGUGACAGAUACAUGUCCGUCUUACCCAGAAGCAAAAUGUCGGGUAGAUUUCUGUGGCGUUUGUAAGGCCAGAUGGUAUGUUACUGGCAAAGAAGUUGACUGCUUUGAGGAGAGAGAUUUCUGUGCACCUAACCCCUGUGAGAAUGGUGGGACUUGCGUCCAGUCAGUAUGGCCAUUAGAGCCGCAACUUACAACAUGUAAAUGUCCACCAGGAUUUGAUGGUCACUACUGUCAGUAUGUAGCUCUAGAAGUCUGUGAACUUCCUCUUAGUACAGGAAGUUGUUCAGAUAGGUCAUCCAGAUGGUAUUUUGACAGAACUACACAAUCGUGUAGAUCUUUCAUAUAUAGUGGGUGUACAGGAAAUGCCAACAACUUCCUCUCAAGGGAGGCUUGUGAGACUAGAUGUAGGAUAGGAGCUUGCUGCUAUAGAACAAUAAAGAACAAGGAGGCAAUUAUAGGCUAUGAUCUUCAAAGUUAUGACAUGUAUGGUUUUGACGUGGAAGGACGAAGCCGCAGGGGAGAUGUCAGAAUUGAGGACAAUGGUAUUAAAACCGGAAGAAACCGGUUUUAUCCAGACAGAUAUGAUUGGCAAGGAUUUGAUCGUAAUGGUUUAGAUCGUGAAGGCUAUAAUAGAUGGGGCCUGGAUAAAGCUGGAUACACUCGUGAAGGAUAUAAUCUAACAGGUUAUAACCAGGCCGGGGAAUAUGAUGGUAACAUAGACUACAACAAGGAUGGCUAUGAUGAGGAAGGAUAUAAUAGACUUGGCUAUAACUGUGAGGGUUUCAACAGAAACGGUUUGAAUGCCUUUGGAACAUACACAGAAUAUGUAUAUAGGUGUAGACAGGCUACUCUUGCACAAUGUCAAAACCAAGAGAAUGAAUACACAGAUGUGAUACAAUUCUCUAGAGGUAAAAAAUGUGAGGACGUUAAUUGCAGGGAGGCCAAGUGCGGCUGCGCUUAUAAUAAUAUGUCAUACAAAUUUGGGGAAACCUUCCGUGCCGGUUGCCAGUUUUGUACAUGUACAUACACAGGUGCUGUUGAAUGCUCGUGUCCUCAGAUUUAUCGCAGGAAAGAAAUACGCGAUAUGACCACUGAAGAGCUACAGAAAUACCAGGAUGCUGUGAAAAACUUGAAUAAGAAGGGAUUCCCCUCAGACUGGUUUCGCUUCGCUAAACUAUAUGCCGAUCAUAAAGCUCAAGCUGUCGGAAAUACAGCCUCACUUCCAUGGCACAGGAACUUCCUGCGUAUGGUUGAGCAGAAGCUACAGGAGACUGAUUGUUCAAUAACCAUACCAUACUAUGAUUGGACACUUAAUGCAGGAAACCAGCAAAAAGCAACUAUAUGGGCUGCAGAUAAAUUUGGUGGAGAUGGUUCCGAUAUUACUGGAUGUGUUGAUCAUCAUGCAUUCAAAGACUAUUACCCGCCAUAUCUGGUUCCUUGCUUGAGAAGGAGAUUCAAUUUGGAAGUUCCACUCCCAGAUGUAAUUGACUUACAGAUUGCACUGAAUGAACCAUCGUAUGAUAAAUUCAGACUUCAUAUGGAAUUGUACUUUAAUAUGUUUAAAUCCUGGGUUGGAGGUCACAUGGAAUCAGACCUGAGCCCAUAUGAUCCAUUGUUUUUUUCAGUGGCAGCAUUUAUUGAUAGGAUGUGGUUGGAUUGGCAGAAUAAACAUGAAGCUGGCCUCCUUAAUUAUCCGCAAGAACUCCGUUACAUUCCCAUGAUGCCGUUUAAACUUUCACCAGACGACGUCAUGGACAGUAAGAAACAGAUGUGUGUUACAUACUUUGCUCUUUCAGAAGCUGCAGUUUGCAAUGUCACGCUGCCAAAUCUCAAUUAUAACUCUCUUGGUUAUGACAGGCAUGGCUUCAAUAGAGAAGGUUAUGAUAAUGAAGGUUUCAAUGUGUAUGGUGUGAACCGUAACGGAGAUGCAGACAACAGAGGAAUUUAUAAUGUAAAUGGAUUUGAUCGUCAGGGCUUUAAACGAAACGGUUACGACAGCAUGGGUUUAGAUAGGUUUGGUUUUUCUGAAGACAAUUUUAACAUUGAUGGUUAUGAUUCAAAAGGUUUUGAUAGAAGUGGUUAUGAUCGUUACGGGUUUGAUCAGUCUGGUACAACGCCUUUUGGUUUCAGUAGAAAUGUGACUUCCCUAGUCAAUACCUUUCCGGACACGUUUGAUGCAUAUGGUUAUAACAAAUAUGGCUUUGAUAGAUAUGGCUUGGACCGAAAAGGUUUUGAUAUGUUUGGAUUUGACACAUUUGGGUACGACCAGCGAAGAUGUAAUCGUUACUUCCUUGGGCCGAUGUUGGUGAUAGUAAAACGAUGGGCUGAGAUACAAGUUGAUGCUGUUGAUGAUAAGGCCAUUCGGAUUAUAACCAGAAUAUGUCCUGCACUGAAUAACCUUCCUGAAUGGAUAUAUACAGUGAAUUGGCUACAGAGGGGGUCGCAGGUGCCACUUCUGGAGGGUAUUGUGGGCAGGGCCCAGGAGAGGGUCACAAGUUCGAGACCAGAAAUACGCACCAGUAGUAUCACCGAUGAUAAUAUCUGGUUGCCAGUUGGUCCUGACAAAAGUUUGUGUUUUUAUACAUACUACUACACAGCAUGUCCAUUUGGACAGGCACCAGUGGAAUGCAGUGAGAAUCUUUGUUAUGACAGGAAGUGUCCAGGUUAUCCAGAUGCUUUAUGUAGGGUGAACAAUUGUGGGGGAUGCCAGUAUGAAUGGUAUCAUGGUAUAUCUGGUAAUGUUUUACAAUGCUCGGGAUGUAUAGACAGAUAUGAUAUAGAAAGAGGGGACGGUACAUCCUGGUCCACCUCCGACUGUGAAACAUGCUCCUGUGAGGAUGGUUUAGUGACCUGUAUAGAGGAGACAUGUGAACCAAUAUUGUGUACACAUCCUGUAAAAAUACCCGGCCAGUGCUGUCUACAAUGUGCUGACUGCGAGUAUGACGGUGUUCGUAUAAGGAAUGGUCAAGAGUUUACGCCAGCGGAUAACAAAUGUAAUAAAUGUUUCUGUAGCAAUGGUAACAUUGACUGCAGUUACGUCAACUGCCCAGACCUUGGUUCAUGCUCGUCGCAGCAGACGUUUGAUGGCGAAUGUUGUCCCACGUGUUUAGAUUGUGGUAACAGGGAUAAUGGCGACACAUGGAAGGAAAGUCCAUGUCAAAGUUGCACUUGUGUGGAUGGACGUGUCGAGUGUGACAGGAUUUUCUGUAUCCCCCCUGACUGUAGCCACCCUCGGAAAUUUCCAGGAGAAUGCUGUCCUUCCUGUGACGGUUGUACAGUGGCUGGUCGCGACUUGAGAGACGGAGAAAGUUAUAUGCCAGAUGAGUGUACAGAAUGUGUGUGUAGUAAUGGUAACGUUGUGUGUGAUCCACUCCCAUGUCCUCAAGCACCGUGUCUGACUGCGAUUACACCAAAGGGAGAAUGCUGUCCAAGAUGUGAUAAUGACUGUACAUAUGAUGGUAGACAAUACCGGCAUGGUUUGUCAUUCAGGUCCCCCGAGGACAGGUGUAUCAACUGUACAUGUGACAACACCAUCGUAAGGUGUUCACCCGUUACCUGUCCACGAAUGGAUUUGCCGUGUAGGAGACCUAUAACCCUACCUGGAGACUGCUGCCCCUCAAAAUGUCCCACUUGUCUAGCAGAAGGUAGAGAGUAUGAAAAUGGGGAGAGAUGGACAUCUUUGAUAGACCCAUGUGAGAAAUGUGUGUGUGAAGAGGGCAUUAGUUCCUGUUCAAGGAUACAGAGAUGUCCUCAAGAGUGUGAUCAUGGCGUGACCAGGCCCGGCGAAUGUUGCUCUCAGUGCACAGAUUGUAAUUUCCUUGGUCAAAUCGUGAGAGACUCACAAGUUUUCGUCCGUCCAGGGGAUAAUUGUCAACAGUGCACCUGCUCAAGAGGUCAGGUGACCUGUCAAUCAUUGGGACCAUGUCCAAGGCUACCAUGUAGAGUUACAGAAACACCCCCAGGUGCUUGUUGCCCACAAUGUAAAGUAUGUGAGUACGAAGGUCGGACAUAUAAACAUGGCGAUGUUGUGUACUCUGAUGAUUGUUCUACUUGUCACUGUAGAGAAGGGGAGGUAAGCUGUGAGUAUGUGUCAUGUCCGCAGUUAAGUUGUCGUACCCCAGUACAGUUACCCGGAGAGUGUUGUCCAGUUUGUCAGCAAUGUGAUUACAAUGGGCGUUCGUAUGAGGAGGGUCAGAGAUUCACGCCUAAACUAGAACCGUGCCUAGACUGUGUGUGCCAAGGAGGUGAGGUACGUUGUAACUCUAGAGAAAGUGAAUGUCCAAUAUCACGCUGUACUCAUCCGAUCCGGUCUCGUAAUCAGUGCUGCCCUACAUGUGAUGGAUGCAGUUAUCUACGACGACGAUUUAGGAAUGGACAGAAAUUUGUUCCACCGGGAAGUGAUAAUUGUAAAGUGUGUAGAUGUAUGGGUGGCUCUGUACAGUGCAGUUAUAUGGGUUGCCCACCAGUGAACUGUGACAAUGCCGUGCUAGUGAAGGGUCCAGUGUUGUCCAGUUUGCCCCAUGGGAUGAAGAUAUCAAUUUCACGAAAGGAGGAUGCUGUCGAUUACCGAAGACAUCAGAGUAUGGGGAGAAUCCGGUGUAUGAACAUGAUGUCAUGUCCGACAGUAACAUGUACUCAUCCUGCCAACAGACCCGGGAACUGUUGUCCGUCUUGCACGAUGUGCGAGAUUAACAACGUACAGUACAGGAACGGACAGACAUUUACCAACCCAGCUGAUCAAUGUGAGGAAUGCUCAUGUAGGUAUGGGUCAGUUACUUGUCAGAGAAAAGCUGUUUCCUGUCCUCGUGCCAACUGCAUAGAUCCCGUCCUAGACAAGGAUACAUGCUGUCCUAUAUGUCCGGCUCAGUCUUGUGUGUACGCCGGGCGCCAGUACCGGGAAAGUCAGGAGGUACCAGCAUCACGGGAUCAGUGCGAGGUGUGUCACUGCUCCCAGGGUCUCAUUGAUUGUGGACGUAGGGAGUGUCCAGCUGUCAACUGUAGACAUCCAGGAAGAGACCAGUGCUGUAACACUUGUGAAUACUGUGAAUAUAACAGAAUGCGUUUUGAGUUAGGAGAAAUGUUCCCAAGUCCGUAUGAGAAAUGUGAGGACUGUGUGUGCAAGGCGGGCUCUGUAGAGUGCACAAGAAGAGCAUGCUCCAUGCCAGACUGCAGUAGUCCUACCUACCCACCCGGAGAAUGUUGCCCAGUCUGCUCAGAUUGCACGUUCCAAGGAUUACUGUACCGAGAUGGCAGAGACUUCCAGAAUCCGAGUAAACCAUGCGAGCGUUGUCUGUGUAUUGCAGGCAAUGUAGCUUGUGACAGUAGGCUGUGUCCAAAGGUAUCGUGCCGGUACCCAGUUUUAGUUGACUGUUGCCCAUCAUGCACAGAUUGUCUAUAUAAUAAUGUCCAGUACAAGAACGGGGAGACAUUCUCAAGUGGUCAAGAAUGUGGUCAGUGCCGUUGCAUUAACGGAGAUGUACAAUGUCAAGAUGCUCCGGUGUGUCCGGCGGUCACUUGUCGUCAUCCUGUUACAAGACAAUGUUGUCAGCGGUGUACUGACUGUGAUUAUAAGGGACUAAAUAUUGAAAAUGGCAGUCAAUUUCUUGAUCCUCAUGAUAAAUGCAUUCAGUGUACAUGCAACAACGGAACCGCGUCAUGUGACCGGUUAUCAUGUGACCAACCUACGUGCAACAGUCCGGUUCAAGGAUCUUGUUGUCUUGAAUGUAAAGAUUGUAAUUAUUAUGGCAAAAUAGUGAGAAACGAUGCAAAAAUUCAAAGUGUGCUAAACUCUUGUGAAGAGUGCCGAUGCGUGAUGGGUAAUAUUAUUUGUGACAAGAAAGUGUGUCCUGAACCUCGAUGUACCCACCCAGUCAGAUAUGACUGCUGCCCUGUCUGUGACCAAUGUGACUACGAAGGCAAGAUUCAUAACAGUUUGACCUAUUUUCAAAGUGAAGCAGACACGUGUCAGCGUUGCUUUUGCAGCGUGGGAAGUGUUAAAUGUACCAACACCUGCAGAACUGACUGUUACUAUUUAAGUAAACAUUACACCGAUGGGGAAAUAUUUCCUAGUAUUUUGGAAGGCUGCCAAGAUUGUGUCUGUGAGAAAGGAAAAGUGACUUGCAGCAGACGACAGUGUGCAGAUGUUACAUGUUCCCAUCCAAUCAGAGGUUCUUGUUGUAGCGAAUGCACUGAUUGUUUCUAUGAAAGUAAGGAAUAUAAAAAUAGACAGAGAUUCCAACAUGGUUGCCAAGACUGUACCUGUCAAGACGGUAAUAUAACAUGCACACCUGUUGUCUGCCCACCUGUGACAUGUGAUCAACCAGUGUUUGGUGACUGUUGUCCUGAAUGUGAGAGGCCUACUAGAAGCUGUUAUACUAAUGGUAGACAAUACAAUGAUGGUGAUCAAGUACAAGAUGUAACAAAACCUUGCUCUACAUGUGUCUGUCAGGGAGGAACAGUUUCUUGUGAAAGGCGGCAGUGUCCUGCCCUAACAUGUCAGCAUCCGACCCGUGGGGAGUGCUGUCCCGAAUGCAACAACUGUCAACUGGGGCUGGUUGUUAUACAAAACAGGGACAUGUAUGAUGAUGUUAAUGACAACUGUACUCAAUGUGAAUGUCAGGAUGGAACAAUAAUCUGCAAGAAAAAAUCAUGUGAGAUAGUGCACUGUAGAUAUCCAGAAAGGGGUGAAUGUGGAUGCCCUGUUUGUGGAAGGGGUUGUCGCUUUGGUGACAAGAAUAUCCGGGACAACGAGGUGUUCCCUAACCCAGUGGAUAGAUGUCAACAGUGUGAGUGUAUGGGAGGUAAUGUUGAGUGUUCCAACAGAAAGUGUCCAGUAUAUUGUACCCAUGCUGCAGACAGUGAUGGUUGCUGCCCUAUAUGUGAGACUUGCCUAUACCAAGGUCAAUUCCAGAUCGACCAAUCAUCAUUUAGUCUGUUAGACGAUCCCUGUACACAGUGCAGGUGUGAUAGAGGUAAUGUAUCAUGCUCACAGCUACAGUGUGAGAGACUGGAUUGUGACUACCCAGUUGUUGCAGCCGGGCAAUGCUGUGCCACAUGUUCAGGUUGUUUUGAUCCACAGACAAAGAGACAGCAUGAGGACGAGGAGCAAUGGGUAUCUUCUGACAGCCAGUGCAUUACCUGUACUUGUAAGUCAGGUAAUAUAGACUGCAGGGCCAGAUAUUGUCCUCCAUGUUUGGCAGGGGAAAGGGAGGUUACUGUGCAAGGUCAGUGUUGUCCGAGAUGUGAAAGAAUUCAAAGAGAGAGAAGAUGUGUACAUAAUGGAGGAGAAAAACAGGCAGGUGAUAUAUGGAACACUGAUGAAUGUACAAGUUGCCAGUGUAUGAAUGGAGUAGUCAACUGUUCCAGUACACUAUGUCCCAUCCUGGACUGUGGAUCAGACAAUAUUCCAGCAAUACUUCCUGGUUCCUGCUGCCCUGUUUGUACACCUAAGCCAGGGACAUGUUUGGUGUAUGGAGACCCGCAUUACAGGACAUUUGACGGUAGCACGUUACAUUUCCAGGGAACAUGCCGAUAUUUAAUGGCAACAGAUUGUGAACAAGAGGACUUUAUUGUUGAAGUAGAACAUGACGAUAGAGGUGUGAGUGGUGUAUCAUGGGCCCAGAAUUUUACAAUUAUCCUAGCUGGUAGAAUCACAGUCCAACUUCUUCAACAACAUGUAGUACUGGUAAAUGGAAGGGAUGUCACACUACCAUACAGUGUUGGUACAGAUCUGGCCAUAGAGAGACAGGACACCAAUAUCUUUGUUAAUACAAAAGUUGGCAUUCAGUUUAUCUGGGAUGGUACCAGCUAUGCAGAAGUAUCAGUUCCUGGUAAAUACAGACAUAAGACCUGCGGUUUGUGCGGAAACUUCAACGGCUACCCGCAGGAUGAUUUACGAACCAAAUCAGGGGAGAUAACAAGGUCACCAGCUUUGUUCGGAAAUAGUUGGAAGGCAUCUGAGCAGAGGACAUCUAGAUGUGAAGAUGCCACAGAUACAGAUCCCUGCGUCACAGCUGGUUUCCGUAGACGUAGACAGGCUACAUCCAUGUGUGAAAUCAUACGGACGGAAAAUUUCCGACCUUGUCACAGUGUUGUCAGACUGGAUCCGUAUUUUGCAUCUUGUGUGUAUGAUUUAUGUGCUUGUGUAAACCAGUCUGCUUGUCUGUGUGACAUUUUGACCUCCUAUUCUAAAGAGUGUGCAAAAGCUGGAGUGAGGUUACAGUGGCGGUCAGAUUCAUUGUGUGCAAUGAACUGUGAAACAGAAAAUGGUUUUAUGUUUGAUGAUUGUGGACCAGUGUGUCAUAGGUCAUGUGAUAAUUGGAACAGCCCACUGGGUAACCUCACAGCCAAUUGUUUUAAGCCGUGUGUUGCAGGGUGCCAGUGCUCAGCUGACAAAGUUGUACAUCAGGGAAAAUGUAUUAGCAUAAGAGACUGUCCAAAUUUUGAAACUUAGUAUAAAUUUGUGUCUAGUAUGUUUAGUUAUGGUAAUCUUAAUUUUUCAGUUUAUAUGUUUCAACUUUGUUUUUUUUCAUUAUGGUAGACUGUUUUACAAGUCAUUUGUAUAAUAUAAGUGUUGUUUCUAGUUGGUAUUUGACUGUUUUUUUAAGCUUAAAGACCCCUGUUUUAUCAGUCAACUCCUGAUAAUGUUUAUUUGUCUUCAUUUUUACAAAAUACAAUGAAUAGACUCAGAUGCCUAUUUGUGCCUUGACAUUAUGCAUUCUGUUUAUAUAAACAUACCAUUUCAUGAUUUUUUUCUGACAUCACUGCUAUGAAAUACAUGUAUGUACAUUACAUAACAACUUACUUACUGGUGUUCACAAACAGAUGAAUUAGGCAUCUUAAAUUGCAUUUGGGUGGGUAAAAAGGCAAGAUUUAAGCAUUUAAUCAUUCAAGCGCCUUUGGCCUAUGACAGCUGUUCAUAUUGUUCUAUAAACAACAUUAUUUAUACUUUAAAUGAUUCACUCAAGAAAGCAUGGUCUGUCCAAAAUAUGUUUCCGAAUAAACAAGAGAUGUUAGAACGUGUGUGCAUUUGACUGACUUUUUUUCUUAAUUAUCUUUGUAACCUCUGCACUUAUCUAAAGGAAAAGUCAAUCAAACGCACCUGGAGGAUAUGUAAUUCAUGGGACUAAAUAUGUCAUUUUAAGUCCCAGGUAUUUCUUAGAAGCAUACACAAUACCAUUUCUUGAAGAUUACUCAGUCUCUGGUCAAUAUUGCCAGUUAUUGUCCCCGUCUUCGAAGAAAAAAGUGGGAUAUAGAAAUAGGCUCCGUCUGUCUGCCUUUCCGUCCGUCACACUUUUGUGUCCAGUCCAUAACUUUGUCAUUUAUCAAAAGAAUUUUAAAUAACUUGACACAAAUGUUUGUUAUGAUAAGACGAUGUGUCAUGCGCAACAACCAGAUCCCUACCUCCAUAGUCAAGGUUGCACUUGCUCAUUCAAGGUCAACAUUGUCUAUUUGAGGGUAUAUGUCGUGUCCGGUCUAUAACUUUCUUAUCUUUGAAGGUAUUUUGUAAAUACUUGCCGCAAUUGUUCACAACAAUGAGACAAUGUGUCAUACCCAACAAUCUGUCACCUACUUCCAAGGUCAAGGUCACACUUGGAGGUCAAAGAUUAACAUAGUCUGUUAUAGGGUAUAUUUUGUGUUCGGUCCAUUACUUUUUCAUAUAUCAAAGGAUUUUGAAAAUACUUG